CAGAAAAAUCCUACGACUCCCAUUCAAAGCACCAACCACCCCAUCAGCAAACUGGGAGACGAUCUCCUCGAAGAAAUCCUCAUUCGCCUCCCAAACCCUAAAUCCACCUGCAACUGCAAACCAGUAUACAAGCGGUGGAACUCCCUGAUCUCCAGUCCCUACUUCAAUCGCCGCUUCCUAUCUCACCACCAGAGCAGCAACAAAGAAACCCCUCUGCGUCUCACCUCAAACGACCCCCUAUCGUCGUCGAUCCUGAGCUUCCUCCCCGUGCCGGAUGUUCUGUGUGGGUUCCAGGGAUCGUGGUGGGAGGAGGAUGGCGAACUUCUCAGAUCGUUCUUGAUUUGCAAUCCGUUUACAAAGAAAUGGGUCGCCCUUCCUUUGGCGCCUGAAAAGAUAAACAGUUCGAACGAAACAACGAAAGUGAAAUUGGUCUAUCAAGAAGCCCUGAAGGCUAAUAGUACCUUGGAUCUGGGUGACGGCCAAGUGUUUCUGUAUUCAGAAUAUCAAUUCCACGUUCUGAUUGGAUAUGAAGCGCAUACAAUGACGGGAACUUGUUCAGAUUUACAAGUGUUUUGUUCCAAGUCCCGUAAAUGGUCAAGGAAAGAAAGGAUCGUCUAUUGCAGCCUGAUACGGUGUCUUUGA